UAGUACUGAUUAAAUAGUAACCCUGCUAAUUUAUCAACACCAAGAGAGACCUUGUAUAUAUAAAGAUGAAAGAGAAAUGGGAAAUGAAAAGAGAUGAAAUGGGACAUCGAUGCUGUGGGAAACACAAGGUGAAGAGAGGGCUUUGGUCCCCAGAGGAAGAUGAGAAGCUUCUUCGUUAUAUCACCACUCAUGGUCAUCCAAGCUGGAGUUCCGUUCCCAAGCUUGCUGGGUUGCAAAGAUGUGGGAAGAGUUGCAGACUAAGGUGGAUAAAUUACCUGAGGCCUGACCUGAAGAGAGGUUCGUUUAACGCAGAGGAAGAGCAGACUAUCAUCGAUGUCCAUCGUAUUCUUGGUAACAAAUGGGCUCAGAUUGCUAAGCACUUGCCAGGACGCACUGAUAAUGAAGUCAAGAACUUUUGGAACUCAUGCAUUAAGAAGAAGCUUCUUUCUCAAGGCUUAGAUCCCUCCACUCAUAAUCUAAUGCCUGCACACAAAAGAUUUUCUUCUUCUUCCAAUAAUAAUAAGAGUGUUCACAAGGCGACAAACAUCUUGAAGAACCCUACUCAAGAUCUUGAUGAAUCAACCACCGCUUUCUCGAUCACAAACAUUAAUCCCCCCACUCCCACUAAACCAAACAGACUUAAAUCUCCUAACCGGACUCUAAUCCCCGCUCAAACCAUGAACCCUAUCAACGAUACCAUGUCAAGUCUUUUAGAUGGUGAGAACAUGAUUCCUGACUGGUCAGAUGUUGAUGGAAUGGCGCCAAUCCAAGAAGCUCCGAUGUUUUCGAGUGAAAAAGCAGUAGUUGGAGUUGAUGAUGAUGAUCUCAACAUGGACAUUUUGUUUAAUACUCCUUCUUCUUAUACUUUUGAUCCUGAUUUUGCUUCCAUUUUUUCUUCUGCAAUGUCUAUCGAUUACAAUCCCAUGGAUGAUCUUGGCUGGACCUUUUAGUUUUACUCUACAAUACUAUAUUUCUCAAUUCCUCAAGUGUAAAUAUAUUUAUAUGAAUAAUUUCCACUUGCUGAUUUUCACUAGUUUUGUAAGAUGAGAUUUUUCCAUGUCAGUGUUGUUGUGUAAUUCGUUUUCUUGUGAUCAAAUAUGUAUAAUGCAUGCGUGUGGGUGGACUUUAUUUUGCUAUUUAAUUACAUUGGGC